AUGUCUACGCCUUCGCCCCCUAGGGCCCCCAAACCGUCGCCGCCGGUUAUGAUGCCGGUUACCCCUCUGCCGGACACCCUUUGCGUCCCACCCCCGCCCUCUACAACGGCGCAGUCGGCCAAGAGAGCCCGGACUGCGGACGAGGAAGUCCGUCACGCCCACACCACCGCCACUGCCACCACCGCCGGGCCCAUCUUAUCCUUCGCAGGGAGUCUCAUCUCCGAAGCUCUCGCGAGAGCUGAAGUCUACUGCUCCUUCGCCGCUACCCUCGACUCUGAACUCGCUCGCUUCUCUGUCGUCUCUCCAGCCCACGCCCGCGAGGCCGACCGCCUCGCACGGACUAUUACCGCCGCUUUACAGAAGAAUUCUGCAUCCUCACCACCUUCGCCUACCCUGGACCUACCUUCGUCUACCCCGGACUCCACUGACCCGGUAAAUACGAGAAAAGGCCCCGUCACGUUCGCGGAAAUAGCCGCCAAAGGCGCAAACUCCGCCUCCGCCUCCCGCUCUACUUCCCGCUCUUCCCGCUCCCGCUCCGGCUCUACCACCCACGCCUCCGGGUCUACCCGUAAGGCUGCCCCACCUCCUACAUCGCCCCAAAGCGACGGCCGUGUCUUCCUACGACUUGAUAGAGACUCCCCCUUCACCGAUACAGAUGCCUACGCUAUUCGUAAAGAGGUGCAGACACUCCUUCACCUCGCCCCCACCGAUAUCCCCGGAUGCCACAAGGUUCCUACCGGAUUCGCCCUUGUGCCUAAGAACGACGCAGUCCGCCAGACCCUCCUCGCCCGAAAAGAUGAGAUUAGCGCCCGCUUCGGCUGUAUCCAGGUCGAAGUGCCCAAGAAAUGG